CAAGGGAAAUACUGAAAAGUAACGAUGGAGUCUGCUACCUCUUCUAAGCGGCAACGAGUUGUACAACGUGCGGCGAGGGAUACAGAGGAUGAGGAGGAGGAGAUGAUGUUUGAUGUACGGAGCGUGAAUAAAGAUUUGGAUAUUGAUUCCAAAAUAGCUGCUCUCAAGGUUUCUCUGUCUGUUGUGUGCCUCUUGUCCCGCACAGGUGGUAAGAAUUUGUGUAGAUGCUCGGGGACGGUCGUAGAAUGUGAGCGCAAACAAGAGAUUGGUGGUGGGGGUGGCGGCGGUGAAUUUGUUGCUACCAUCCUCACUUCUGCUAACCUUCUCAGAUUUCCUGCUUAUUCUAGAUAUACUUUUUUGGCCCCUGACAUCACCGUUGAGGUUUAUUUAUCAAAGGGCAAGCCAUUGAAGGGACAAGUUCUUGGGUAUGAUUUCCACUACAACCUUGCCAUCAUUCAAAUCACAACCGACUAUCCUCUUCCUACAGCAAUUCUCACAGACAUAGAUGUUUCGAUGCCUCUAACUCCUACACCUCUGCUCACUGAUUCAAAACCAUUUGGCCUUCGUCCUCAUACGGUAGAUUCAAGUUUGUUUAAGCUCCGUGGCGGUGACAAGGUUUAUAUUGGUGGGCCUCUUAUAAAUUGUGAUGGAGAGGUCAUUGGGAUUGUUUUUCAUUAUGAUGGCUAUGCUGCUUUUUUGCCCAUCAACAUAGCUUCUAGAUGCAUGCAGCUUUUAAAGAGAGACAGGGGAGUCUGUCAUCCUUGGUUGGGGAUGACCCUGACCAAUUCUUACGCUGCCAAGGCAUCUGUUUUGGAGGAAAUAAUCCAAAAUUGCUUCAUUUGUGGUCUGAAUGCCAUGAAAGAUGUUCAUGUGUUGCUUAGUCACUUAGGAGGUUGCCAAUCUACUGGCUCUAGUUGCGUGGUAACUUGCGCUUGUAUUGGUUAG